UACACGCUCAUCUUGAACUGUUCCUGACAUGAGGGUUAUAGUGCUAACAUUUUUGUAAGUACCCUUUCCUCACUAUCCCUAAAAUCUUCGGCCACAAUCAGAAUUACAUCUUAUCUCAUCGAAGAAAAACCAUCUAAUUCUGGUACUUCAUAUUAAGUUGGGUACUACGUACUGUACUAGAGUGUUACCUUGGGUAUAUGUCCUUAUUCUUUAUUAUAAACUUCUAUAAAUAGAGACAUGUUCAUAGAUAGGAACCAUAUCCAACAACAUAUCAUGAGUUUGUUUUCAAUGUCAUUCCUUUUCUUAUCUCAAUCCAUGUUUUCUACCCUCUCUACCAUUGGCCACUUUCCAAAUAUCCAAAUAUUAUUCAAGUCUAGUAAUAUUUUUUCACUUUUAUUUUGGUGUUCCAUAAUAGCAUUUAUAGCAACAUUUUACCAAAAGAAAUGCUCAAAAAAGGUUUAUCUAGUGGAUUUUGCAUGUUAUAAUCCUUUACCUAGAUGGAAUUGUAGUAAGGACAAGUUUAUAGAACAAUUAAGAUGUGGAGGACAUAUUAAGGAUGAGAGCAUAGAUUUCCAAAAGAAAAUUCUAGAUGGGUCUGGAUUUGGAGAUAAGGCUUAUGUGCCAGAGCCCUUACUAGAAAACCCACCAAACAUUUGCACUAUUGAAGCAAGGAAAGAAACAGAAUCGGUUAUUUUUGGUGCUAUUGAUGAGCUUUUAUUGAAGACAAAAAUGAAGGUUGAGGAUAUAGAAAUUCUUAUAACAAAUUGUAGCAUAUUCAAUCCUUCACCUUCUCUUAGUGCUAUGGUUGUUAACCAUUACAAGCUUAAGCAUCAAAUUUUGUGCUAUAAUUUAAGUGGUAUGGGUUGUAGUGCUGGACUCAUAGCCAUCGACCUUGCCAGACAACUCCUACAGGUACAUCCAAACUCAUAUGCCUUAGUAGUGAGCACAGAAAAUAUGAACAAUGGAUAUUACUUGGGAAACAACAGAUCAAUGCUUGUCACAAAUUGUCUCUUUCGUAUAGGUGGUGCAGCAAUUUUACUCUCAAACAUUUCUUCAGAUUCUUAUCGUUCAAAGUAUCACCUUAAACACACUGUUCGUACUCACAAAGGUUCACAUGAUAAUUGUUACAAUUCAGUGUUUCAAAAAGAAGAUGAAACAAACAAAUUCACAGGAAUAUCGCUUUCAAAAGACUUAAUGAAUACAGCUGGUUUUGCACUUAAAUCAAACAUCACAACACUUGGAAAAUCUGUUUUACCUUUAGUAGAACAAUUCAAAUUUGUUUCAACUUUUGUGGUAAAGAAGUAUUUUAACAACAAAGUGAAGGUUUAUACACCUGAUUUUAAGUUGUGUUUUGAGCACUUUUGUAUUCAUACUGGUGGAAAAGCUGUUCUAGAUGAGGUACAAAAAGUGCUUAGAUUAAGUGAUUUUCAAAUAGAGCCUUCAAGAACGACACUUUAUAGAUGUGGUAAUACUUCAAGUAGUUCUAUUUGGUAUGUGUUGGCAUAUUGUGAAGCUAAAGGGAGAAUAAGAAAAGGUGAUAGGAUUUGGCAAAUUGCAUUUGGAUCUGGAUUUAAGUGUAAUACUGCUGUUUGGUGUGCUUUAAGGGAUGUUGAUCCAAUUAAGGAGAUUAAUCCUUGGAUGGAUGAGAUAAGUCAGUUUCCUGUUGAUGUUUCAAUUUGAAGUGGGGAUUUUGCAUAAUGAAAGUUGUUGUUGCUGUUGAUGUUUCAUAUGAAGUUUUUAGGGUCAUUUUAGAGUCGUUUUUAAUUAUUUUGAGUCAACUCAGAAAAUAUGAAGAUUUGAAUGCACAACUCAGAAAACAGGUGUUCAGAGUGGGCAGGAUGUGUUCCAGCAUUAGUGUAUAUUCAUCUAAAAAAUAACUAUUAAUAUUGUAUUAAAUGAGAGUAAUUAAUGAAUAUGUGUUGUAGUGA